GUGGUUAAUACGAACCGUUCGGCAGGCAGGGCACCCUCGCUCCCCCCGCUGAAGGCAGAGGGAAGCAGAGCUGGCUCUGGACAGCCCGGGCACCUGGGGCCGGGCGUGACGGCUAGCCCCGGUCAUGCCCAGCAGAUGCAGCGUGGGCCCCGCGCUGGAGCCAGCCCUGUUGGGAGCGGCGCGUUAGCCCAGCCCAGCCGGCAGGGGCUGGCAGGCUUCUGGGGCCGCACGCCCGGCCCCCGGCCUCGGCCCGCCGCCGCAGAGGGUGGUGUCCGGCCGGCGCGCUGUUCCCCCCGGCAGGCGCAGCCGAGGCGGGAGGGGUCGAAGCCGCCGGCGCGAACUGGAGCGAGCCGGGGCUAUGGCGCCCCCUUUCCCGGCGCUGCUCUGCCUGCUCGGUCUCCUCGCCCCCGCCUCCGGAGCAGCCGAGUGCCCUUCCUCUGCUUGGAUUCCAUUUGGAAGUAGCUGCUAUAUUUUUCUUCAAGGCACAUUAGAUGAAUUGAACAGUAUUGAUGAUGCCAGAAAUCUCUGUAAAGACAAUGCUUCUGGAGCAGACAUUAUUAGUAUAAAAAAUAAAGAGGAGAAUACCUUUAUACAAGAAAUGUUCAAAAAUCACUGGCAAGUCCCUGAUUAUAUUUCGUUGGGCAUGUUCUUUGACACAGAUGAUAAUGCUUUUAAAUGGUUUGACAAGUCGGAAAUGAAAUUUACCAAUUGGAUUGAAGAGGAGAGCAAUGAGGAGCUCCUGAACACAUGUGCUUCUAUGUACACUAAGUCCGGGGGAUGGAAAAAAAUCAGUUGUGAAGAUCUUCCUCUGACAGGGACCCUUUGUAAAACAGCCUUUGCAUAUGAAAAGAAGUACUUACCAGAUAAAACUGCUUUGACUACCACCUUGGUCAUAAUUUUUACCCUAGUUGUGACAGUUUCUGCAGCAUUAUUUUGGUUCCUGUACAAAAGAAAUAUUUCUUCUGCUUCUGGAUCUUUAUGUAUAACACACAAUUCAACAGCUGAAAUGCCAUACAGUGAUGAAACUGUUCUAAUAGAUGAAGAAAAUGAGUAUACUGCUUAAAAUUUAAAAUUAUACAAUUUUAUUUAAAUGCCAGAAAGUGACAUCUUACCCAUAUUUAGGCUUCAGUCCUGUAACCACUUAAGCACAUGCAUAACUUUACUCAUGUAAUAAUGUGCUAGUUGCUAGGACACAGAUAGAGAAGACAGACUAAUAAUAGUCUAAAGUAUUUCCCAUUGGGCUGUCAGAGUUCAUAUUCAAAAUUCUCUCCAAAUGUAUUUAGUGUACCUGGAAAUACUUUAAUGUAUGAGUUGGUCUGUCUCAGUAAAGUGUCAUUCUGAAAAGAGCAAGCAUUUAAUUAUGCCACAAAUGUUAAGAUUUCAAAAAUUCUGCAAGAUUUCUAUAACAGGUUUUAAAUUAAUUUGUUUGAUCUGUGUUCACGACUGGUUUUCAUUUCUGUGAAUAUUAUAGCAAAUAAAAGUUUGAGAUUAGCUCAUUUUAAAUGAAUAGUAUAGAAAGAAAAUUUGAAUUGUGUUUGCACUGGAAACUUAAUUCAAAAAACUUCCAGUCAAUGCACAGAAAUGAGCCACGUGAUCUGCGUCGUCAAAACAGUCUGAACAUUCAGACUCAUGAAACGGGUAUUAAAAAAAAGUGCUGUUGCCCAAAAUGAGUAAUUUCAGACAAAACUGAGCAAAUUAUCUGCAAAUAAUUUAAAAGAGGGAGGUGAAAUUCCUCAAAUUAUUUGCCCAGUUCAGGUUAGGCUUAGAGUCCAAAUGUUCAAAAACUCUAAGUUUGUAUUUGCAGCUAAUUGUAGCUGCAGGAUUAAGAGGUCAAGUCUUGGCCCCAGUUGUGCAAUAUGGUGCAGAUAGGCAGACCCUUAAAGUUGCAUGGAAGUAAUUUGGCCUCUGCACAGGAACAGGGGGGGAUCUGCCUCCACGGAUCAGGGUUUAGCAUCUAUCAUUAUAGCCAUGCUUAUUUGAUUGCAAAAUUAGCCUUCUAUACCCUGCAAUAUGUAGUCAUCCUAUUUUUUUAAGGGGGAAACUAUUGGGCAAACUGUUUGCCAAGAGUUCAUCUGGCUAACUUGCAACUGUUUUAAUAUAUAAAACUAAAUUGAAAGAUU